AUGAAACUUCUCGAAAAACAACAAAAACAAUCGAUUGAUUCAUGUGAAUUAUGUGUGGUUUUGCAUACUUUUGCACAUUUUCGUUUUUCAAUUGGAUUGGGAAGUUUUCAUGGAGAAUGGAUCAAUAAUGAGGAAAAAUCGGCGGUUGGAAAAUUUAUGGAAUUGAUUUUGGGAUGGAAGAAGAAGACUAAUAGUAGAUUGUAUGCAGCGAAAGAUAUCAGGUAGGUCCGGGUGGAAAUGGGCGGAGCUUGGAGAAUUUUUGCGCUUUUUCCAGCCAACUUCACAAAUAUUUCUCAAAUCUUGCUCAAAUGUCGAUUCAACUUCACGAAAUUCUUCUCAAAAUUGAAGAUUUUGCAAAUCGCCUCAAAAAUUUAGGAGAAAAGAAAGAAAGAGCAUUUGUGCCGCAAAAUAAUUUGAGAUUGGUUAGUUUUCCUAUAUUUAUAUAUACAACUCUCAUCUCAUCUUUCGAAAUUUGCAGAAAAAAAUUCAAAAUUCUCGAAAAUGCGUGUCAACGAGUUGGCCGAAAUUCAAAACGGCGUGUCAAGAAUUGGCCCAUCUUGCCACAGUUUCUGCUGAAAAUCGAGAAUUGCAGCAAGAACAUCAAGAAGUCGCGCAGGUCCCAAAAAUCGAAAAUGGUUCCGGUAUUUUGUAUCAACAAGAGUUUUAUGAAUCGCUUGUCCGGCCGGAUAUGAGUGUGCAAGAAAAAUUGGAACAAAAAAUGAACCAAAAUGCGGAAAUAAAUGUGUUCACGAAGUUGUUUAAUGAAAGAGCAACAAUGGCUGAAAAAGUGAGUUCACUUUCGACUAACUGUGCCCAUUUUUUGAAUUGGUCUGAAGAAAUUGGGCCAGGUUCAAUUACGUGAAUCUGAUUUAGAAGGAUUUUUGCAAACCUCACCCAAGAACCUGGAGAAUUGGGUAAAAAACUGCCCACCUGGGUUUAUUACAAAAAUUGCCCACCUACUAAAAAAAAUUUUGCCCGCCUGAGGCUCGCCUUAAAGACCCUAAAAAUUUUUUGCCCACCUAGGUUUUUCGAAAAAAAAUUGCCCAUCUGGAAUUCCAGGGGUUGGGUGAGGUUUGGGAUUUUUGAAUCGAACCAGGAUACAUUUUUUGGACCUGGCCCGAUUCAAAAUUUAUUUUGUCAAUUAAAAAAGAAACAUUUUCAGAAGAAUGUAAUUCGGUUGCUGAAAAAACGGAUUCUACUCCCAAGGAAAUGCUUUAUGUCGACCUCGAACCGCGAUUAGGAAAUAACAUUUUCGACGUGAGUGUACAAUAUUUCGAAAAAUAUUCGCAAUAUUUAUGUUUUUCAGAGAUUGUGGUAUGUAUGGCGCAUGGAAUCGGAUGAUACAUUCCGCAAAAAAUUGAUUGAAUUGUCGGCCAACUAUAUUAUAUCAGUUGACUUUUUGAAAAUCCUAGCGCCCAUGUACAACGAAAAACUGUUCGAUGAAGUCAACUUCUGGCUGGAUAAAUUGAGUUUGGACACAAAUUCGUCAAAUAUUGUUGAUGUGAGUUUAAAAAUUACUCUUUUAUAAUUUUGAUCAAAAAUUAUUUUUUAAAGGAGAUUCGAGGAAUACGAAGAGAGGAGAAGAAGCAGAAAAAGGAGAAGAAAAAGUGA